ACAGUCGAAAGCGUCAAACGCAUGCGUGUAGGAUUUCGCUCUCUCUCGGCGUGCAAAUAAGCUUUGGGUGCCGUGCGGUGUAGAGUGCACAGUUUGCGGAGUGCGUGAAAGUAUUUGCUCCAGAGGAUGCUGCUUACAGCGAAGCGGGUCUAGAGAAAUUCAGGCGGAUUUUUCGGGGAAAUCUAACUCGAAGGAUUUUCUCUACUUUUCCCGAAUUCGUUUGUGCGUGUGUGUUUAUUUUGUGGAAACUGAAUUCACGAAUGCGUUCAAUCGAGUGAUUACCGCGGUGCAAAAUCGAUAGUUUUUGAGGAUCCCACUGUUUUCAAGUGUAGUUUUCCACAAAAAUACGGAGCAUUUGGAUCCUUUUCGAGAUAGAGUCGUGAGAGUGAAAGUAUCCGUAAAAAUUGUCGUGAGAUUCCUCUGCAAAGCUAUCAAGAAAUCCACAGACAGGAAGAACAGUGACAAGACGAAAAAUCGAUAAGUGACCGGUUUCCUUCAGCGAGAACGUUGGCUCUCCGAACAAAUGACAGCCCGCAAAGGCAGUUCUUGAACAUUGUCGGUUAUCUGGAAUCGGUCUCGAGUGUCACCGGGACAAAAUCGAUCACCGCGAGAGUGUGUAACGUAACCGGCUGCUGCUGCAUCGGCUGUGAAUUUCUCUUCUUUUUGGUGUGCUUUAAUUUCUUUCCUUAAAACAAUCGAGAUAAGCAAUCUCCCACCGGAGACGAGUACGGCGACGUCUGCGACGGGCCUUCCGUUGGUUGGCAUAACUUGGUACCUACAAGCGAUUCGACAAGGUGGGAUCGGAAAGUGAUACGCUACUUUUGCCGUGCGAUCUGCUGUAGCGUGGAGGAGUUAUCGGUACAGCUUCAUCUCAUCGCCUGGCUCGGCUCGACUCUCCUUAGCCUAGAUCCAUCCAUCAAAUCUUCGACGGUUAUAGACAAGACCGGAUUGGUGCAUUGACAGUUUUAGUGAACCGUUCCUUUAUGGUGACCAAACCUGCCAAGUUGAAAUAGUUCAAGCCCCCGAAGAGAACGCUGGGCGAUGUUAUCGGUUCGGAAACUGUAGUGCGACGAGGAGAUUCAUUCAUAGAAAACCCAGCAUUCCGUUGUUGAUUAGAAGACUAGUGAAAAUAUCGAGUGUACAAGGCAUUGGGAAUGAAUUGCAGUUAAAGCGGAUUCGAUCGAAGUCUGGGUGCUUGUGGCCAGCAUCGGGUCAGCGGUCAGCAAGUAGUGCAAGGAAGUGAAAUUGGUGCAGUGGUUGGCCCUGUUUUGUAGUUUUGUGACCGCAGUGCAGUGCUAAAAACGGUGACGUUGCAUUCGACGGAACACGGGGUACUCGGCGCGAGGACCCCGCUGGGAGUAGUACCGGUUAACAUCAACUUGCCACCGACGAAUCACAUGGGAGUUUGCACAGAGGAGCGCCCUGUAAUGCAUUGGCACCAGAGCGCUCGAUUUCUUGGUCCACCCCGGGAGCGCAGUCCAGAUCUCACAAACGCCUGCCAAAUCAACACCAACAACAACAACAACCUCCACCACCGAACCUGCAUAUCAUGUACAGACACCUGCGAGCACAACCUCAAGGCAGGUCACGGCAUUGGUGGCGGCGGCGGCGGCGGAGGACAUCUCGGUCCAGGGCACCUCUACCCGGACAGUUGUCACAGCUAUGACUCCGCUCCGGAUCGGUUAAUCGCCGAUCGACCCAACUACUACACAGAUCUCAACCGAAGUGACUGCUCGGACGCCAGCAGUGGGGUGCUGAACAGUUGCAUACAGCUAAAGUCGGAACCACCGGGUGGGCCCAGUAGUCCCGAAUCCUCCACUGAGUUACCUCCCUCCGGACUGGACGAGUGUGCGGGCUGUGAUAUGCCGAUUCAGGAUCGGUUCUACCUGUCAGCUGUUGAGCGCAAGUGGCACGCUACCUGUCUACAAUGUUGCAUCUGCCGGCAAACGCUGGAAGGUGCCAACUCCUGCUUCUCCCGUGAUGGCAAUAUCUACUGCAAAACAGAUUACUACAGAGUAUUCGGCUCGAGGCGGUGUUCGAAAUGUCUGGCUUCAAUUAGUUCCUCCGAGUUAGUUAUGCGAGCUCGACACCUAGUUUUCCACAUACGGUGCUUCUCCUGUGCGAUCUGCAAUACCCUGCUGAGCAAAGGAGACCAUUUUACGAUACGGGACUCGGCGGUGCUCUGUCGGUCACACAUCGACAUCCCCCCACUGGAUCCGGGUGCGCCGAUACCGUUGGCCAUGCAGUGCCAAUACCCCAGCCAGUACGGAACCUCCCCCAGUGCACCGCUCAGUCCCAGUGACUCGACCGGAAGCAGUAAAAUGCCUCCGGCCGGUUACUUUUCACCGCACCACAGCGUUACCGCCCUGCCGCAGCAACCGCGCCAGAAAGGACGACCCCGGAAGCGAAAACCAAAAGACAUCGAAGCAAUGACCGCCAGCUUAGUUUUCAAGGGAUCAUAUUUGAACACCGAGUACCUGGAUUUGGGCUUCAGCCGAGGUCUUGGCUCGUCAUCGCGGGCCAAGCGGAUGCGGACGUCCUUCAAGCACCACCAACUUCGAACGAUGAAGUCCUACUUCGCAAUCAAUCACAACCCGGACGCCAAGGAUCUGAAGCAGUUGUCGCAGAAGACGGGUCUGCCGAAGCGGGUGUUACAGGUCUGGUUCCAGAACGCACGCGCAAAAUGGCGCCGGAUGCUGAUGAAGCAGGAGGGCAAAAUCAUCGACUCGGACAAGGGCGAAGGCUCGCUCGAUCUGGACGGAUACGUGUCCCACAGCCCCGGGUCCUACAUCAUGGGUGGCCCCGGCAGCCCCUCCUCGCUGGACUAGUGCCUAAGGGUGGCGGUUCGGCGGAUGCUGCAGGAACGCUACGGACGCUAUCACCACCAUCAUCUCCAUCAACCGCACCCGCACCCGCUCCACCGUCACGGUCAGCACAUCGUCAAUGGAGCAACAGAACCGGAGCCUUGUCAUCAUCAUCAUCAGGUUGGUCGUCAAGAAGCGAAGGAUGCCGAGGGGCCCUUCGAAGGUUCGCAGGGUGGGAGUUGACUGGAGGAAGCAUUAGCAUAAACAAAUUCGAAUCCAAAGCUUUGAUAAAAAUCCACGAAAAAAAACUGAGAGGGAGUUUAAUUGGGCGCAAAAUAUGCUUCGGUAGAGGUAGUCGGAUAAUCAGAAAGUUGCAAGCGGAAACAAACCCGAGCGCGCUCGCACUCCUGAAGACUAACGAUUCGAGAACAAUGAUGUUAUUAUAUUCAAAUUCAUGUUUGUGCUACUGCUGUUGGCCACAAGCUGGGUGGAAGAAAUCACACCGAGGAGAAAAAAACAUUUGAGGGUUUCCCUCGUCACUCACCGCUCCCAAAGGGAGUCACAUAAAACUUGCGCGCAUAUGUAGAGGAAAAAAAAAGUUGUAAAAAGACAGUGAGUUGCUGGAACUGUCUUGGACUUACAUUGUGAUGGUUGCUGAUAUGAUGGGCACCGGUAACGAAAUGCGAAACGAGGCGAACCAGAAGAAAUAAAACGAAAUACUGGUGGCUGUUCAACCAAUCUGAUAAUAAUGUAUGCACAUAUGAUUACGGCUGCUGAAUACCUACUACAUUCGUACUUAUGAUUUGGUUACGUUUAGGUUGAACUUUUUUUUCAAUGAUGUAUUGCCAACAUGAGGAAAAUGCUCAACAAGGCUCAUGCAAACUCAACAGAUUCACUUAUAUCGCAUCUUCGACGAUCCAUCAAGUUUAUUUGAGAUGAAAUAGUUGGAGUUCAGCUAAAUCGCACCAACAGGCGCCAAUGAAAAAAUAUCAAAUUAUUCGCCCAACUAGUAGUUUCAAUUUAUCACAGCUCCGUCGUAACAGAGGAUGUCCUACAACAAAUGCUUAAUAAAAUUAUUUUAAGCUUUUGGAGGAAUGUAUUCACUUGUAAUAAGACGAGUUUGUACUAUUCCAUUUAAUUUUACUACUUUAUGCUGUAGGGUAGUGGAAUAAAAUGCAAUAGUACAAACUCGUCUUAUAACAAUGAACAAAUGUUUGUAUAAAUUGAAACGAUUUUACCUUUUAGCGUUUUUGAAAUACUCUUUAAAACACAUUUCUAUAUCCUAUUUCGGUAUGAUUUUUGAUCUGUGUCAUUUAAUACGAUGAAAAAUAUUAGUUUUUUGUGAUAACGAUGAUGAUGAUACUAUCAUCCAUAGUAGCAAGGUUCCUGCUAUAGUAUGCCGUAUAGUAUUGUUGUUUGUAUUUCAUUAAAAUAAUGCUUCAAGGGGAAUUUUUUCCUUAACAGUAUUUUAUAAUACCAAAAUUUUCUAGGAAUUUUAUUAUCGCUUCCUCAGAAUUGACAGUUUUACAUUUAGAAACAAAAAAAAUCAGAAAUCCAAUGAAAAGUUUUUUAUAUUUGAUUUGAACCGCAGGAGGUUCAUUUAUUUUCUGGGACAGUUUUUACCGUGAAGAAUCCCGGAGUAUACAUCAAGAAAUAUGCUUAGCAGCUCAACUCAAGUUGAUCGAGUUGUUAUUGAUGGUUUUCUCUCCAGGCGAGAUUGUAUGGUUCUGCUAAGCUUGACAAUAGAAUCGCGACAACCCAUCUUGAACAAACGAUAAACCAACUCAGAAGCUUCAACUAGGUGUUUAGGCAUAUUCCCACCUUCUUCCAGACGCCUCGGGUACAUUCUUGUUCAAUAACGAUACUCUCUCAUGGUAUCCUUUAAUCGUGACUCAAAUAUCGUUUGCACUUGCUGCUGCCAUGAUAUGACUCAGCUGACUAACUUCUAGAGCCUGGAGGAAAACCUCCGAGUUGACGUAAUGUCACCCGACUGCGGUUUCGGAUCCUUCACAAAUGAUCUUUGAGGCUUUGGCCCGAUUCGCGAAUUAAAAUCAAAUUCAACUUAAAAGUGACAGUUCGGAAAUAAUGAAAACCCCCGCUCAUAAGAAUGGCUGGUGCUACCCAGCAAGGACAACAAAGCAUCUAUCAAAAAUGAUUCAACAUCAGAAAUUCUUUUGGAAAUUCCUUUGAGAAUUUCUUCCGAAAUACCUGAGGAAAAUCCUUUGGAUAUUCCUUCAGGAAUAUCUACAGAACUUGUUUUGGGAAUACCUUCAAAAAUUGCUUUAGGAGAAUUCCUUUAGGAAUUUGUCCUGAAAUAGAUUUAGGAAUUUCGGAAAUUGCUUUAGGAGUUCUUUCGGAAAUCCCUUAAGAAAUUCGUUUGAAAAUUCCUAAAAGGAAUUCCGGUAAAAUUACGGGGACCGAGAAAAUGGAACACCUGGAAGAACUUCUGAAUUUCUAAAAAAAAUUGCUAAAGAAAUAGCUGAAGAAAACUCCGGGGAGUUUCAAAAAGAUUUUUUUUUGACAAUUUAAAAAUAAAAUUCGAAAUAAUUCCUAAAGGAAUUACUGGAGGUAUUUCUAGAUUUAUUUGCGGAGGAUUUUCGAAGAAAUUUCUUGAGGAAUAUAGUAAUGAAUCAUUGGAGAAAUUUUCGAUGUAUUACUUAGAGAAACUUACGAUAGAAUCCGUGGAGGAUUUUAUGAAGGUAUGCCCACAGACAAACAGACAUAACACUCGUCAAAUUUCCCUCGUUCACUGAUUUACUGGUCAAUUCAAAUAAUCAUUAGUUGGCCAAACGAUCACUCGUGGCGCGCGCAUCGUUUUUGCUCGAGUUUGACGUUUGUUCACUACCGCCAUCUGGUUCGUGAUUUGCCCAACUAACUAAAACCAACAGAUGUCGUUGGUGUUUGAACGACGAUGAAUUUGAUGAGUAAAUGUUCAAUGUGUUAUGUCUGUUUGUCUGUGGUAUGCCCUUAAGAACUUUUGGAUGACUUACCGAAUUAAUUCCUGGGGGUAUUUUAACGAAAAAAAAUGUUUGAAGGACUUUUCGAACGAGCUUUUGGAUAAAUUCAUGAAAUAUCACCUGGACGAAUACUGGAGAAAUUUCCAAAGCAACUCCUGAAGUAGACUGGUUAUUGGUGAUGGAUCAACUGCAAUCCCGAUAUUUUUGGGUUUUUUUUUGGCAUGAAGUCUUAAUUCCAGAGAAAUGUCUUGAUUUCCAUCAGAAAUUUGUUAAGAAAUUCUUUUCAAAAACCUAUUCAGGUUCUUUGGAAAUUCCUUUGAAAAUUCAUUCGGUAAUUCCUACUGAAAUAUAUUUUAAAAUUUCUCCAAGAAUUUCUUCCAAAAUUUCUCCAGAAAAUCCUCCGGAUAUUCUUUCGAGAAUUCCUCCAGGGAUAAUUUCCCCAGCUCAUUUGAAUACUUCUCCAGGGAUUCUUUCGUAAAAUAAUUGUAAUUUUCAGAAAUUCCUUUAGUAAAACAAUGUAAUAUUCCUUUCAAAAUUCCUGCAGAGAACUAUUUCGGAAAUUUUGGAAUAAAGGAAUUUCCGGAAGAGUUUCUAACGGAAAUUUAAAAGGAUUUCCUAAAGGAAUUUCGUAAGAAAUUUCUAAAGAUUUCUUGAAGGAAUUCUCAAAAGGUUUCUUAAUGAAAUUUCCAAAAGAAUUUCUUAAGGAUUUUCUGAAGGAAUUUUCAAAAAAAUGCUCAAAAGGAAUUUCGAAGAAAUUUCAAAAGGAAUAUUCUAAGGACUAAUGGUAUUCCUGGAAGAUAUGCUAAAAAAUGCGGAUGAGUGAGCGAAGGAAUUCCUAGAAGAAAUUUCUUAGGAAAAUUUCGAAGGAACUCCAAAAUUUUUUUCUAGAUUUUCCGAAGGGAUUUCUUGAGAAAGUACUGGCAGAAUUCAUAAAACAUAUUCCGAAGAAAUUCCUGAAAGAAUUCGUAAAGGAAUCUCGAAAUGACUUUCAGCAUUUUCUUAUAAUUCCAAUAUUUGAAUUUUCAAAGGAAUAUUACGAGCUAUUUCCAACGAAAUCCUCCAAUUUAUUUUUGGAAUUCCAAUUUGUUGCAAUUUGUCUUCGGAUAUAUCUUUCGAAAUAUCCUCGAAAAUUCCUUCAGAAAUUCUUUUAGGGAUUCCUUCGAGAAUUCAUUUACAAAUUAUUUUAGGAAAUUUGUUUAGAAUUCCAACGGAAAACUUUUUAGGGGAAUUCCUUUUAUGAAUUUCUUUAUGAAUUCCUUUGAAAGUUGCCUUAGGAAUUCCUGCAGAAAUUGAAUUAGGAAUCCUUUUAAUUUUAUUUAAAGAAAUUGCAUCAGCAAUUAUUCUAGGUUUUUGUCAAACAAACUCUUCCAGUAAUUCCUAGAGGAAUCCCUUCCGAAACUCUGGAUCACGUGCUCCAUUGUACCCCAGCUCAACUCCGCCAGUGAUGCUGACCCUGAUUGCAACAGAGAUGAUUUUCCCAAUGCCGUUAAAUGAUUUACUCUUGGCACUGCAUAAGCGUUUCACGGAACUUGCGCUGACGUGGAUAUUGGCACUAAUCAGACAGACUCUGAAAUAGGGACACAUUAAAUUAAUAUUCCCUUCUUCUGAGGACGCAUGAUGAUGACUUUUUUUGACAAUCUUUAUCAGAUAAGUAAGAAAAUACAGCUGCAAUCGGAACACCUUGGGGAUUAUGAUUGGAAUUCAAGUGCUAAAGACUAUUGCAGCCACUUGUAGUAUUUUAUGUCUGACAUAGAGCACCAGUGAAAUUGUUGAUUGUUGAUUGUUUAGAUGUAGACUAAAUAAAUGAAAUAAAUGAAGAGCACCAGUGAACCAAGUGAAAAUACCCUUGCCGAUGAAUUGGUUUACCCAUUCAGCACGACUCCGGUUAGGCUGAGGAGCUUUGUCCACUUUGAAUGCUUUGGGUUUCCAAAAUUGAAGUUUUGGUAAUCACAAUGACUUCCUAGAAUCCCAUCUUAAUUCCGAGGCGUGUUUAAUAUUUUAUGACAAUGCUCAAUAUACAUCGAUUGAUACACAAUCGAUUUUUUUGAGUGCUGUCAAAAGUCGAAUCCCAAAAUAUUCGGGGGAAAUUGAUCCCUCUCUACGAACUUGCUUUGGUAUGAAUAGAAAAAUGCUCUAUGAUUUUUUUAAAAUAUUGUUCCUUCCAAAUACGUAGAUUUUACAAUUUGCUGUGCGUAUUCAUGAACAAUUUUUGUUAUGGAAUUCGACAGCACAUGCAAUCUUAAGAUUUUGGAAGACUUGAUCCCCUUUUCAUUGUUACUACUUGUUUUUUUUUUCAGGCCAACCUUUCAUCAAAUCUGCAAACAAUUAGCCAUAUGAAAACAAAUUUAUAUUGUUUUGAUUUUUUUCGUUGUUGACAUUUUUAUCAGUACAUAUCAUUUAGCAUAUUAUGGCUUUGUACUGUGAAAAAAUGUUAGCAUUUGGCCACGUCAGGAAAAGUUAUUCAAAUUUUACGUGGAUUCCAAAAAAAAAAUCUUAAGAAGGGUCCAAACACAAACCGUCCUGUUCAAUUUGAAAGUUUGUUAAUCCAAAAAAAAUAGUCAUUACAUAAUGCUAGAACAAAUCUACUUCAGUUCUCGGUAAAACAGGGGGUGAUCAAUUCUCCCCACUUUCCCCUACAGUUAACUCGAUAAUUAUCGAUAAAACAACGAUACCUGCUGAUAUUAAAAAAAAGACAGGAUCGUCGUCUUCGACCGAAGGUUGUACAGACUGAACACUUAACACCUAGCAUGAGACAACGGACAGGACACACAACACCCAAUGGACCAGUGGAAAGUUUUUUGUAUCACGUUUUCUCCUUAUCGGGGCACCGUGAUGAACUUAUGUCAAACCUUAAAAAAUCACGUUAAUAAAGAAAUUAAAAAAAAAAAAUAAUAAUCCUUAUCGGGGCGGGAAUCGAAUCCACACUCCAUAGCACAUGCAUCUACACAACUUAUGUCGCUAACCUAGGAGUUAACUUUUUGAAAUCGGUAUGGCGGAAGGCAUCUAAGGUUUGAUUUCUCAAAAUUAAGCACCUUAAUCGGAAAAAUAUUUGGUAGGCGUAGUAGCGGACACCUUCCUACAUAAUUGGUACCAAAUAGUUUUUCAUGAAAAGUUUCUAAUUUUGAGAAAACCCGCGUUAGAUGUCUUUCACCAUACAAAUUUCUGGCGGUUUACUCAUGCUGGCUAUUUUGAGUAUAUACUAUUGGGCCUGGAUGUGACAGCGGCGGGAAGAAAAUCAGCCACUGCCAAUAAUUCAUUGUGAAAUCAAGCUAAGAAUUGAUUCUCACAGCUAUUUUUAACAACGCUGCACAGUAGGCCUGGCCGAUUUUAUGUUUGAACUACAUUUUUGAUGUGCUUCAAAUAUAAAUAUUGACAAGAAAAGUGAUAGAUGUAGUCAGAUGUAGUCGAGUAUAUCACUUUCCAGGAUUCUUUAACGAACUUGCUGUGUAUGUGUAGACUAGAUUGGACGACCUGCGAACUAUUGCGAGCUUUUGAAGAGCAGGUUACAAGCUUUUGAAGGAAUAAUCCCCCUCGUUUGAGCAGCCACCAGCUUUGAUCCCCAUCACUGAUUGAAGGAUGAAAAGAUCAAAUCAACAUCGUCAUCAUUUUUAUUUUCAGCGACAGUACAACGUUUCAUGAACCACCUACUUCUUUGUUGGUCCCACUCCAUAUUUAUCGACGGAUUCAUCCUUGCCUUUUAUUUAGUAGUCGGCUGGUUCCUUGUCGGUCGAUAUUCCAUCUGCGGAUCCAUCCAGCCAUGACAAGCAUUCGGUUGUUGACGGCGUGCAAAACGCCCUCCGGAGCGACGUUGGAGAUUUUUUUCGCAGAAAGUUCAUGAUGCCCAGCAACGACACAAUCUUAUUCAUAUUCUUUUCCACCAUUUCUCUAGUGGCGCACAGACAAACAUAUAUUUAACAUUUUAGGAUUUUAUUAUCUAAAUCUAUUGUGUUUGAUUGAGUGUUCAAUACUUUUUACUUUACUGAUGUUUCAAUCCGCUCUUGAAAUUUGGUGCCACCCAAAACUGCAAUGUUUCAUUGUCUGUGUUAGGUCUGUGAGGAUGGUCUCCUUCGAGUGAAACGACCAUGGAUGAAUAAACAUGCGAAUAUAUGGGAAACGAACUUGAAUCUUUCAGUUUGCUUGCAAGUCAAAAUGGAAAUGAAUGAGUACCCGGUUGUAUCGGUAAACAGCAGCAUGGUUGGCAGCAAUAAUACAUUGAACAUGAAGCAUUGAAAUUGAAUUUCAAAUUUGAUGAAUGGCAGAACGAUUUCAUAUCAGCAACCAGCCAGCGUGGUCCGUCAGUCGUCCACUGACAGCGCCCCAUAAAUUGUAUACGUACUAAAAAGAGUAGCAACCGUUCGAAUAAGAAACAAAUACGAGAGAUUGUGUGUAUCAAAUGUUGGAUAUUUUUCCAUUUAUGUAGAUAUGUGAAAGCGGAAAAAAUAUUCUUAGUUUCGAUUUUCUUUUACCCUAGGUAAGAAGAGGAAAUUUGCAACUCACAAAUACAGACACUGUCCGAAACUAACAACCCUGUACAGAGCGAAAUAUUUAAAUAAAUUUUCUAGAUCUCAAUUUAAAAUGAUUCAAACCGCUGUUUCACAACAAAACAAAACAAAAACUAAUCUACUACAGGAGAGCUCAAAGACACAUUAAUUAACAUUUAAAACCUAAACAGAAGCGGUAUACCAUGACAACUCCCCAGUCGAGGAAACAAAUCACAUUUAAUAAGUAGUUCAUGUAUAGUAAUCAUAGAUAAGUAAUAAAUUGUGAAGACUUAGCAAAUUGCGUCCACUUUGUUCGUUGACGUCUUUUCAUAUAUGCAGCAUGAUCGUCAAUGCUCCGCGUCAGGUGAUGAUUGAUUAGAUGUUGAUGUAGUAUACUUAGCAGUGCAUUGGAAUAACAAUAAGCAACCCACGAAGGAAAGUAAUCGUACUAAACACAGGCUUUCUAGCGACAAGCGCUGCUCAAAUAUGAGAUUUAGAAGAAGUAGAUGUUCGAUGAUAGUUGAACCGGUGACAGCGAAAGUGGUAUAUAAACCAUUUUUGUCAAUUUUGAGUUUUUUAUACCAAUGGCUUCUAUUUGCCAAGAUUUAGUAAGGGAAUAACGAAAAAGAGAUUUUUGGCAACUAAAUCUGGAGAUAUGCACAUUUUAUUUUCUGGUAUAUAUCACAAUCGCCAUUUCGUUGCCAGAAAAAGUGGUACAUGUACAGUUCCACCCACUAAAAUCAGCUUAUUUAAAAGAAAAUUUGGCAACAUGACUGUUUUCACAACAGAUUUUAAUCCUAUUUUGAAUUUCAAGUUAAUUUACUGCCGUUUAGAAUGAUUUAAAAAAUGUACAUGUACCACUUUUACUGUCAACGGUUUUCGGUUUCUGUUUCCUUUUGUUCCCAUUAAUAGUGGUACAUGUGCAAUUUGUUCCAAUACACUUGAAAUUUGCCAUAAGCUUCGCUUAUUUUUCACUACUAUCUUUAGCUACAUCAGUCAUAACUUGUUGGUACAGUUUAGUUGCAGAAAAUUGCAAAUAUGAAUUUAUUAUUCGUUGUUUUUGGGAAAAUGCGUCUCCUGAAAAAUUUACUCAAUGUAACAUGUACCACUUUCGCUGGCACCGGUUCAGUUGUAUGUAGGAACGCGGGGGAGAACACUGAAAUGAAAAUGCAGGAUAUUGCUUUAUUUACGGUUUUAAGGGCGACAGUGAUGUACAUGUAUAGCGCGUAAAUCAAUUAGGUACUUAGAUGGUAAGAGAAUGAGCCGAUGAGAAAUAAUUGGUCGUCACGUUCGGUGCACGUUUAUUUAUAUAAUUUAACAUUCAAUAAAUUUUCCAAAA